UCCCAACCUAUCAUCUUAAAGUUGUGCUUUAGUCUAAGAAAUGCAGCUUGGGAUCCUGCCUCUGGGAGCGCUAGAAAGUAGAUUCCUGACCAGUGCCUGCCAGCAGCCCUGCCAGGAAGAGGCCUCGCUUGUCCUGACCUCCGUCAAAGACCCAUGUAAUGUCUAGACCCUUGAUGAGAACAAUCUGGAAAGAGGUGCUCAUAAUUAAGACUGCUGCCCCUGAAACUGGACAGGGGCUGUGAGUCCCUCAUUCUCACUUUGGAGACCCUCCCAUCGCACAACCACCUGGACUCCCACUGAGUGUCACGGCCAAGGGCAGGACCUGUCUGUAGUGAUGGCAUAGCACAGACACGUAGACCCCGGGGGCAAAUCACCCUUCCAGGAGAAUUGGAAGUGCCAGGGGGCCUGGAGGGCAGGGCACAGCAGGUGCUCGGGAGCCCGUGCUGUCUGUAACUGGAAACACCUCUAGAUGCUGAGACUCGUCCUGCAGAGAGACUUCCUCCUGCCUCACUGCAGGUGAGAUGAAGGCCCUGGCAGGAGGAGGAGGUUCCGGCUGCUGGGCAGGACAAUGUCUGGGCCAGGGCCAGGCUUCCCCUUGCUGGAUGGCGCCCAGCCUGUGCAGCCCUUCUCCCACUCUGUAUGCCUUCCACGCUCUGCAGCCCCAGGCACCUGGCCCUGGGGGACUGUAGGAGUGGCUUGGAAAGAGCUGGUCCCCUGGGCCUGCCCCCAUCCCUGCACCAGCCUGUUGCCGCCUCCCAUCUGCCCUGUGCUCUGCUUAUCAUGUAACCAGAGCCGGCAGCCUCAUCCACGCCUGAAACAGGAAGCCCCGCUGGGCCUGUUCAGGAGCUGCCCCAAGAGCCGGGCCAGAGGAUGGAGGAGCAGCAGGCAAUAGUGGCCGCCAAGGAAGGGGAUGUGGCCACCUUGGAGCGGCUGCUGGAGGCUGGCGCCCUGGGCCCAGGCAUCACUGAUGCUCUAGGGGCUGGGCUGGUGCACCAUGCCAGCCGGACAGGCCAUCUGGACUGCGUCAAGUUCCUGGUGCAGCGGGCCCAGCUGCCCAGUAACCAGCGGGCCCACAACGGGGCCACACCGGCACACGAUGCGGCUGCCACGGGCGGCCUGGCUGAGCUGCGCUGGCUGGUCCGAAAUGGAGGCUGCGGGCUGCAGGACCAAGAUGCCUCGGGUGUCUCCCCGCUGCACCUGGCUGCCCGCUUUGGACACCCGGCGCUGGUGGAGUGGCUGUUGCAGGAGGGCCACGAAGCCACGCUGGAGACUCUGGAGGGCGCCUUGCCGCUGCACCAUGCCGCUGUCAGCGGGGACCUGACCUGCCUGAAGCUCCUGGUGGCCGUCCACCGCAGCAGCGUGAACCACAGGACUCGCAGCGGUGCCUCCCCGCUCUACCUGGCCUGCCAGGAGGGCCACCUGCACCUGGCCCAGUUCCUGGUGAAGGAUUGCGGAGCCGACGUGCACCUGCGUGCCCUCGAUGGCAUGAGUGCGCUGCAUGCCGCUGCUGCCCGCGGCCACUACUCGCUCGUUGUCUGGCUGGUCACAUUCACAGACAUCAGCCUGACCACACGGGAUAAUGAGGGGGCCACUGCCCUGCACUUCGCUGCCCGCGGAGGCCACACACCCAUCCUAGACCGGCUCCUGCUGAUGGGUGCCCCGAUCACGAGAGACUCCUGGGGUGGGACGCCCCUGCACGACGCAGCAGAGAAUGGGCAGAUGGAGUGCUGCCAGACCCUGCUCUCCCACCGCGCGGACCCCUCCCUGCGGGAUGAAGACGGGUACACGGCAGCAGACCUGGCGGAGUACCAUGGACACCAGGAUUGCGCCCAGUACUUGCGGGAGAUGGCCCGGCCAGUGCCAGUCCUGAGGACACCCCCACCACCUCCAUUCCCACCUCCUCCACUGUCAGCUGCAAGGCUCUCCUUGGAGGAUAGAAAUAGAGGUGGCUCGGGGCUCAGGAGCCACACACCAGCGACUCUCAGCCCUUCCUGGCCUGGUCAGCACAAUCAGCCUGUCCCCAGUGAGCAGAUGGCCCGCACAGUCCUCCCACAGAUCACCACCAGUGCCCUGGCUGCUCCUGAGGGAGUGGAGUCGGCAGUGGGUGACUCCCCCGAUGGCCUGGCUGCGCUACAGCUGGAUGGUGUGCCAUCAGGAGACCUGGAUGGGCUGGUGCCCACGCGGGACGAGCAUGGCCGGCCCAUCCCCGAGUGGAAGCGACAGGUGAUGGUGCGGAAGCUGCAGGCGCGCCUGGGCGCAGACCGUGCUCGCGAGGCCCAGGAUGACAGUGGGAACCCAGGCCUCCUGGAGCAGGCGGCCUGGCGGUACUCGCAGGCCCACCAAGCGGUCCUGGGCCCCUUUGGGGAGCUGCUGACCGAGGAUGACCUGGUCUACCUGGAGAAGCAGAUCGAAGACCUGCAGCUCCGGCGCCGCUGCCAGGAGUACGAGAGCGAGCUGGGCCGGCUGGCUGCGGAGUUGCAGGCCCUGCUGCCUGAGCCCCUGGUCAGCAUCACUGUCAACAGCCACUUCCUGCCCCGGGCGCCUGGGCUGGAGGAAGAUCAGGCCCUGGCCCUGGUGGCUCAGCCCACAGACUCAGCAGAGACUGGGGAGGCCAUGCCUGGCGGGCAGCCUCUGCCCUUCUGGUGUAGCCACAUCAGCCGCCUGGUGCGCAGCAUGUCCCUGCUGCUGAAGGGUGUGAACGGGCUGGUGCAGAGCGAGGAGUCAGCCACCCAGGCCCUGCAGGAUCCCCGCGGGGGUGCUGCAGUCAGGCCCCCUUGCAGCGAGGCCCAGCGUGAGAUCCAGGAAUGCGGGGUGUCUGUGCGAGUGCUGCGUGGCAACUUUGAGUUGGCCCCUGGACAGCCCUGUGCCUCAGACCUGAGCCCUUGUGAACUGGCUGCCCAGCCUGGGCAGUGCCUAAGAGGCUGCUGCCCGGCUCCCCUGCAGCCCCGAGCCAGCACAACGGGAGGGGGGCCCAGGCCAGGUGACACAGAGGAGGCCAGUGACUCAGGCAUCAGCUGUGAGGAGGCCCCUUCGGAGGCGGGUGCCGUGGCCAGCCUGGACUCGGCCAGCCUGCGCAAGGAGCGCAUCGUCAUGCUGUUUCUCAGCCACUGGAAGAAGUCAGCCUAUACACCCGCCCUCAAGACGGCGGCCUGCAGGACCCUGGAGGCCCGCAAAGCUGGGCCACAGGGACAGGAGGUGGCCAGGAGCCCUCGGGCGCCCUCCCUGCUGCCCAGUGAGGGCCCCCGGCUCAGCCACCUGUGGCAGCAGCGGAGCAUCAUCACCCAGCUGCUGGGCAACUGGAAGGCCAUCAUGGCCCACGUGCCGGCCCGGCAGCUGCGGCGGCUGAGCCGGCGGCCCCGCAGUCCCCUGUCCCCUGAGCAGUUCCUGCCCCACGUGAAUGGGGCUCCUGUGCCCUACAGUAGCCUCCCGCUGGACCUCUUCAUGCUGGGCUACUUCCAGCUCCUGGAGUGCGACCUGCCGGCCGAGGAGCGCAAGAUGCGUCACCUGCUGUGCUUCGAGGUCUUUGAGCACCUGGGUGCCCACGGCUGGGAGGCUGUGCGUGCCUUCCACAAGGCCGUGACUGAUGAGGUGGCGGCUGGCCGCCGCACCUGGACUGAUGGCUUUGAGGACAUUAAAGCUCGCUUCUUUGGCUCCAGCCAGGGUGCCACUCGGGACACGGAGCCUGGUCGAAAGUCAGGCCUGACCCCCCUGGGGCCACUGCCUUCUGCCACCGUCCCAAGCAGUGGCCCAGAGUCCCCUGCCCAGCGGCUGGGGCCUGGCUCCCAGCGGGGCAGCUUCAACAGCGAGGACAUCUGUGGCUACAUUGACCGGAGCUUUGCCUUCUGGAAGGAGAAGGAGGCUGAGAUGUUCAACUUUGAGUGACAGAGCGGCUGGGAGGGAAGUGCCGUUUCCUCUCCUGUCCUUUCCUGGCCACCUUCAGGGGUCUCCUGCAGUGCCUCCACCUCGCCACUGGGGGCAGGGCACCUUGGACCCCGGGGUUUGGAGGGUGGAGCCGGAGCGGAGAGCCCCAGAGAGGCAAGGUCCCUGGGGGAGGGACGGAAGCCCCCUCCCCAGCCUCAGGUCUGGCCGCCCAGGGCCCGCUGCACCUUCUGUGGUGUCCCCUACUGCCAGGACCCUCACUGUGCCGCUGACCCUGGACCUCUGCUUGCUAAAUAGAGCUCCCUCUCCUGGCCAGCCUUUUUCCUGGGCUUGUCGCCUCCUUGUCCACAGGGUACCUGGCCCCAGUGGGCACUGAGGCCCAACCCUCACUAAGCCUGGCACAACACCAGGGCAGCGCCCUUGUGUCCUCUGUCCCACUGGGACCUGAGUGUCCACUGCACCAGAGGGGAUGGCAUUCUGGAGGGGUAGACUGAGGCCAGGGGAGGGCCUCUGUCCAGGGCCAUGGCCUCACACUCGUCAGUCUGUGGUCAGUGCUAUAGAGGGCUCUCACAGGCAGGGGCUGUGGGCACCUUGAGCCAAGCACCCAAGUGCUCUUUCUUGGCCAGUGAGGCCCUGGUGCUGGACCCCACGCACCCCACAGCUGUGGACGAGGCUGACAGAGGGCCAGGAUAGGAGGGGGACUGGGCCUGAAAACGUCCUGUGCUCCUACCUCCUGCAGUUCCUUCCUGACCACGUGUCCGGUGCUGUUGGUCCAAGGGCCUGACAAAGGGGGGCCUGGGGGCUGGGUGGUGGGCAGAAGACAGAGCCUGGCCUCAGGCCACAUCUGGGCAGGAGGUUGGUGCAUCUGGCUCAGGGCAUCGUACUUGCGUACUGUGGCCUCAGAAAAGCCUCUGGUAGCCCCUGGACCUCAGUUUCUCAGCCAAGGGGCAGAUUGAGGCUGUUAGGGGGCACCUGACAAGCCCAGGGGUCCUCGGGUCAGGCGGGCUGUUGGACGAGGGAGGCAGUGGUGGCUCAGGGCCAGGCUUGUCGCCCGGAAGAAGGUGACCCCCAAGUGGCCUUCUGCAAACUCCCUGCUUCUGGGGGGAGCUGCCCCAGAGAUCCUAGUGGCCUUGGCCUGGUGUGGGCCUGGGGAGCUGGCUUUUAAAGACAUCUCAGGGUUUCUGACACCAUGGGCCUGGGAAUCCCUGGCCACUCACAGCUCACCUGCGGGGAGUUCUGUUUGGUGCCUAUAAAUGUCUCCAGUCGGCAGAAACUCACUGGAGACCCCGAAGGCCCUUCUCGGAAUCCUGGAGGGUGCAGACUCAGGAGGAGGCCAGACAGGAGCAAGGUCAGGAGGGGAGAUGCAGGAAGCAGUCGCACCAAGGGCAGCGCAGGGGCAGCGCGUCUUCCCCCCUGGUGGGUGGAGCUUGGUGAGACGUUCGCGCUCCACACCGCUGCGUGGGCUGGUGCAGAGUCAAGCUUUCCUUUUCCUUUCCUUUCCUUUUUUCUUCUUUUCCUUCUUCUUCUGUUUUUGUUUUGUUUGAAACAAAAAAUGAGCAAAUAAACUCUGAGGCCAGCCUUCAAGAAGUCCCCUGGCUACCUGGUAGUCACAGCCCCGGGUGCCCCCCAGGACACCACUGAAGCUAUGGUGUCCCUCCACAGAAGACACCGUGGCUCUGUCUCCUGUGUUCUCUCUGACUCUCGGGAAGCCCACUGCGGACCAGGGAAGAGUGCAGGACAGCCCAGCAGGGUCCCCAGACCUGCCUUCAGGUCACUGCAGUGUGGCCAGCUCCUAAGUGCAGCCUCAUUUAGACAUUCUGAGAGAACCACCCUGGAAUAAAGCCAGAUUUGUUUGUGGUCCUGAAACACUAGGCGUGGGGCAAUUUGUCAUGCAGCCACAGCUGACUGAUACAACAGGAGUGAUGAGGAGAUGCUGGUGCCCAGAUCUGAAGGUCUCAUGGUCACAGAGCAGUAGUCCACUGCACUAGGUAGCCCUGAGCCAGGAGCCUAGUCACUCGGGUAAGCAGAUCAGAACCGACUGGGCUGACUUAACCUGGCUGGGGAGAAAGGGGCAUAUCCCCAGGGGAAGGAGUGUCGGUAACCGUGCCGAGAUUGUUUAGAAAAGGAUCUUGGAAGAAGAAGAAGGCAAGACUUCAAGGCACCCGAAGCACAACAUAAGUCUCGCCUGGAAGAAGAGACCUCACGAGCUGGCUGGCACAAAACCCAGGGGGACUGGCCAGUGCGGCCUGCAGGGUCCUGUCCCGGGCCAGCCAGACAGUCUGCGGCCUGGCCGGGGCCGCCACGGAAAGAGCUGCACUUGAGGACAGAGGGCACUGCCUCAGCCAGGCCGGCCACUCUGGUCACUGGUCACUCGGGUGCUGACGAUGGUCGCACACUAGAACUUGUGAGUUCACGCUCAGAAUCUGUUCUGGGAGGUCACCAGAGCCACACCCUCUCCUCCUGACAGUGGGGGGAACCGGACACCCACUUCCCACUUCCUACAGCGAGGCAUGGCCCUGCUGAGAUGGAACUCAAAACCAUGUUUCCAACACUGAUCUCAGCGGAGGUGCUGGCCAUGUGUCAUCCAGUGACGAGGACCACACAGACACACACACCCCCGUGAGACCAGCGGGGCCUGAAGGGAGGCCACCAGCGUGUGAAGGCCAUAGUCUCUUCUGCUUUAUGUUUUUCUGAUUUCCAAAAUGAAUGCUUUGUUUUUAUCAUCAUAAAAGGAAACGAGAGUGCGCGCCUGAGAUCC